AAACCGAACAGGAUAUAUGUCAUGUAGUGGUUUCUUCACUUGAGUUUCCUUCUGUUCAGUAGAUAUCUCUUUCUUUAUAGUACAGAUCGAAUGGGUCUUGUACGUAUAACUGUCAAUGAUCGGCGGUGAUCGUAUAAACAUUAUUUGAUAACAAUGGCCAUAUGCUCCCAGACUUAUCUUAUCUUAUAAGUUAAAGACGUUCCUUCAAAACGGAUUACGUGAGUCUGUGUUGUGUUCAUCUUAGACAUUUUGUUUGUAUUCUUUUCAAUGAGAUUGAUGCAGCCUGUUUCAAUGAUCUAAUGGCGUUGGGAAGAAAAGACUUUAAUUAAUUGUUCCUGGCAUAUGAAAGAAGAAAUGUGGUUACAAUAACGAAACACGCAUAUCAGUGUUGUGCUAGGAGGCUAUUGAACAAGAGAAGAUAAACAAUUUUUUUUAAAGAAAGAGAAUUUGGUAGAUCUGGAUAAUAUUCCGAUACAGGGGAGAAAACAGAUCUGAUUAUUACCACUACCUGGACUCGGAUAACGCAAGUUCGGUGAAGUCUUAUAUCGUCACGUGAUUGUACCAUCAUUCCUACACACUUUCUCGAUACCAUUAAUCAUUAGACUGUAUCCUGUCUUCCAAUGCUAGACUCCUGUGCCUUUUCUUUUAACACGCUUCGAACGACACUGAGGCAGAAUGUUCACGGCAGACCUUCCGGCUAGGAAAAAACUCUACAGAUGGACAACAACCUGACUACCUCAUCCCUGACUGAACUCAGAGUCGUUACUAUAGCAAUCAAGGAUAAUUACCUGUGGGUCAUCAUGGCUUUGGGAUUCCCAGGAAACCUCCUCACAUUUUUCACCAUCCUGUCCAUAAGGCCAAGGCUACGCUUCACCGUCUACGUGGCGGCCUUGGCUGUGGUGGACAACGUGUGCCUGGUCACAAAGGUCAUAAAUAUUAAUUUGAACCAACGCCAUGUGAACAUGGGUGAUUUCGGAUGUCAGUUUUUGCAGUAUUGGGGCAGUUUAACUGGCCAAUGGGCGAAUUGGCUGCUGGUCAUGAUGACCGCUGAAAGACUUAUUGACAUCACAAUGCCGUUACUCAGUAUGAGGAUAAACAAACGCAUCUACCUGUCGCUCAAUGGAAUUAUUAUCCUCUCCUUGCUGGCCAUCAAUUGGUACUAUUUUAAGGUAUUCUACUUCAACAAGGGAGACAAUAAUAAAUGCGAUUAUCACAACGAAACUAAGGAAGAGGAAAACUUCUAUUUUAUCGCUGUCAUCAUCCACCUAAUAGUCUAUUCAUUUCUACCAGUGCUGCUCAUUCUCAUCAUGACCUGCUUGAUAGCCAAGAGGUUGUAUGCGUCAGUGAGUAAUUUGAAAAGACAUUUUUCAGUAUCCAGGUCGGCUCUAGAAAAGAGGAAAAGGUUUCAAAGGCAGAUAACUGUCAUGACUAUGUUUACUUGUGUCGUCUUCUCCAUCCUGGUCAUCCCUAGGCCAGUGCAGCAUCUGUUUAUGGCAGACUUGAAAAGGAGGAAAGUCCCUUACGAUGAGAACUUACAAUUUUUCUUGACCAAUAUCUUCUUCGUCAUGUCUGAUUCAAGCCACGCAGUCAACUUUUACAUCUACUUCCUUAGCAACAAGUUCUUCAGAAAACAGCUUUAUGAGAAACUGAGCAAUCUGAUCAAAGCUAUCAAAACGUGCCCCGCCCAAAGUCCGCAGUUCUCAAAUCUACACGGAAGAUACACUCCGCAGUUCUCAAGUCUACACGGAAGAUACACUCGUUCAUCUUGGACCAAGCAGACGGCAAUUUGACGUCUGCCGAGACACUGAUGUACUCUCGAAGAAACGUGGAAAUGUUUGUGACAAAUUGUGUGGAUCUCAUCGCAUAAGUGACAAGCUCAUUAUUAGAGAGUAUACUGUGAUGUGUUAUAUGCGCUGUUGUUCAAUAGAGAGUGUCGGACAUCAAGCGACAUUGACUUGUAAUAUAUUUAGUUAUUGAAUGUCACUCUUUGAUGUCUACGGCACCUACAUCUUAUCUCGUCUCAUAGCUCAUUGACAACUUCAAGACAUAUAGUUGCUGUCAUAAAUACUUGCCAUAAGUCUGUUGUUGUUUAUGUUAAAUGUACAAACCAAUAAAAUAUACAAUAUUUUUGUAAUA